GACGCAAUAGUCGAUUAGCUUUCAUCACGUGCCAUCGUUUCCGGUUUCCCGUAGAAAAUCGAAGAAUCGCGAGUUUUGCUCGCGCGUCGUCUCCUCUACGUUUUCCCGCGAAGCCACGCACGUGUUUUUCGAGGCGUAGUCGCACCGGCGAUCAGUCAUACGGGAAGGGGGGACGAGACGCGAGGAAAUAGUUUCGAAAGACUUUUUUUUCUUUCAAGAGAAUACGAGAAAAAUCUUUAUAGGUUUCCGGUUUUUCUUUACGUACGAAAUUACGUUGAAAGAGCGAGGAUUGAUAGUGUACAGCCAUGCGGCGGGUAUCGACGCUUGCAGUAUGUGUGCGUAAACGGCGCGUCGAUUGCGCAUUUCGAAGAUGGCCAUUUUGGCGGGUGACGUGUUGCGUACGCGCUGCCGAGCGGCCAUAACACGUAUUCGCGGCGUGAACGAUGUGCACGUCACUCCGUCGUUAUGAGAAGUCCGCGGUUACGUGUACGCGACCGUCAUGGACACCUAGAACCAAAUCAACGUCAUGAAAUGUCGAGGAAACUUGAUCGACGAACAUACCGGCUAGAUCGUGAUCUCACAGUCGCACUCAUCGCGUACGAUUGCUAGAACACGCUAGAAGGGCGAGGGAGAGGGGACAAGGCACUAUGGGAGCAAUUUGCGACAGGCGCAUGCGCAGAUCAGUUUACGGUUGGAGCUUGAAAGAAAAUGGCGUCAGCUAAGUUUCUGGAGGAAGCUCUGAGCACGGAUGUCGAUGAAUCCGCAGUGAACGCGAUAGUGGGUUCCCUCGAGACGCAGCUUGUGACGUCCACGCCGACUGUCGCCGGCCAUCAAGCGAGUUCCGCAUCGGUCAGCCAGCAGAAUCACCAGGUGAACAGCGCUAUUUCCAACGGGGGCACCAUCACCGCGGUACAGCCACAGAAACAUGGGGUUUCGAACGGCGGCGGUGCGACUACCGUGAAUAGUCUAAUGACUCAGGAGGUCACCAAGUCGAUUACUACCAGCACUCUGCUGCCUGUGAACGUGGUUACCUCGAAUACAGUGGCGCCACAGGUCAUCACCACGCAGCAGCAGCCGCCGCAGGUACAGCCACAGCAGCAACAGCAGCAGCAGCAGCAGCACGCACAACCGCCAGGAAUAUCUCCCGCUACAUAUAUUAAUCAAGUGACGACUAAUCAGGUGUCCAGUAAUCAGACUACACAUAUACCAAGUUUGACCAAGACGCACGAACCAGUGAAACUUAUCUAUCCCACAGUCGGACAAGUUAUUGCCACUACGGGGGUAGCAAAUGCUAAUAAUAAGCUCUCCUUUCCCGCUCAAACUGUCGGGCAGUUAGCAAACGGUACUUUAGGUAUAACGUCGCAGGCAGUGUUGCAGACUACAGCGAACGUUGUUACCAAUGUUGGUUCUGUUAGCCAAACGGGGAGUCAAACAGUGACCGCAGUGAAUAAGCCAACAGGGGCAGCUUUAGUGAUUAAGACAAGUGUAGCGCCUGGCAUGGUUUCCGUUCCAAUGUCUGUACCAGUCUCUGUGGCUGGCAAUGCAGUCAGCACAGCGUUGCAGGCUAAGGGUGGGGUUACUUCGACGAUAGUACCCAGUAAUGUUCAAAUCCUUAAUGUAAAUACGAUGCGUCCUGCAACGCCGGUAGCAGGACAGCAAGCUAAUAAACAAGUUACACCAAGAGUGGUGAUUGGACAACACCAAUUAGUUGGAGCUAGAGCUGGAGGUCCAGGGAUAACAUUACAGGCACUUCACAGCCUUCAAGCUGGUGCUCAAGGUCAUCUGUUAUUAAAAACAGAAAAUGGACAGUAUCAGUUACUAAGGGUGGGUCCAGCUCCAACUGCGGGUACUCCCACUGGUACUGCAGUUACACCAAAUAGUAUAACUGGCAAUGCAGUAGUUGCUGCACCAUCUCCAGGCACUACGUACCGCCUAACUUCAGUGCCGACUGUAAGUAGGCUGAAUACUCAGUUCACUGGCCCACCACUCGCCACCCUAAGAAAAUCUGUUCAGACUGUUGCUCCUACUAUUACUACAUCUACUACAACCCCAGGAACAGUGACUACUGCACCCACAACUACUUCUACACCAACGGCUACCACUGUUCAAACAGCUCAAACUUCUACACCGCGUCAAACUACUGAUAAUACCAAAGAAAAGUGCCGUAAAUUCUUAGCAAACUUAUUAGAAUUAUCUAGUCGAGAGCCUAAAGCAGUGGAACGCAAUGUUCGAACUUUGAUACAAGAACUGAUUGAUACUAAGGUCGAGCCAGAAGAAUUUUGCGACAGACUUGAAAAAUUAUUAAAUGCUUCACCACAACCAUGUCUCAUUGGAUUUUUGAAGAAAAGUUUGCCUCUUUUACGGCAAUCACUCGUCACGAAGGAAUUGGUCAUAGAGGGAAUAAAGCCGCCUCCAGCCAAUGUUGUUUUUUCUAUAGCGUCGGCUGUUGUUCCAACUAUUACGCAACCACAAUACAGACCUACAGUAGCAGUGGCAACGGCAGCAACCGUUCCUGUAACAGCAACUGCAACAGCAACAACACAAGUGAGAGUAAUGACACCGCUUCCAACAGCAGUAACAACAGCAACAGUAGUUACAACAACAGUUCCACGACCUGUUCAAACUAUUCCACAAAGGCUGGUUCGACCAGUAACGACGGUGGUUCGGAGCCCUACCGCAGCAUAUACAGUGAAAUCGACAGUAGCAACAACUGGAAUUCGCCCCACUGCCCCUGUCGUGCAAAAACCACCUAUAAUUACAACCACCGUUGUAAAACCAAUCACUACUACGCAAGGAAAAACACUCAAUACCACCACUACUGUUAAUAAAGCCGUAGUGCCUUCUCUUGUUCAAAAACCGGCUGCGAAGGAGAAAGAGAAAAAGACGUUUUCAUCAGCAGGAUAUACGGCGGAUGAUGACAUAAAUGAUGUAGCAGCUAUGGGUGGUGUUAAUCUUGCGGAGGAAUCUCAAAGAAUACUCGGUUCUACAGAAUUUGUUGGUACUCAGAUACGAUCUUGUAAAGAUGAAGUAUUUUUGCACAUGACGCCAUUACAACAAAGAAUUAAACAAAUUGCAUCCAGUCAUGGGUUGGAAGAACCCAAUCAAGAAGUAGCAGCAUUAAUUUCGCACGCUGUUCAAGAAAGGUUAAAGAAUUUAGUAGAAAAGUUAGCAGUCAUCACAGAACAUAGGAUAGAUCUUAUAAAGGUCGAUCCUAGAUAUGAAGUAACACAAGAUGUAAGAGGACAAUUAAAAUUUUUGGAAGAUUUAGAUAGAAUUGAACGUAGAAAACACGAAGAACAAGAACGGGAAUUACUUUUACGUGCUGCAAAGAGUCGUGCAAAAACAGAAGAUCCCAAGCAAGCAGAAUUAAAAGCUAAGGCCAAAGAGAUGCAACGCGUAGAGAUGGAACAAUUAAGGACAAGGGAUGCGAAUAUAACAGCUUUGCAAGCAAUUGGCCCUCGUAAGAAGCCUAAACUCGAUACGGCAGGAUCGACCAACAGCACUCCUAGCGCAAAUGCAUCAGUGAGCGGAUUAAAUAGGCAAAUGCCCAUGAGACCACGUUUGAAGAGAGUAAACUUCAGGGAUUUGAUAUUUCUUCUCGAACAAGAGAAAGAAACAUGUAGAAGCACAACACUGUAUAAAUCUUACUUGAAGUGAUGCACUGUGAAGGGCAGGAACUUUAGUGACCCGCCCAAAAUCUGGCGCUCUAUCUGUAUGGUCUUGUAUGAGCUGGCCUCGAUGGAUCGUGCGACGUUAUUUUACGUUGCAAUGUAUAGUAAGUUAUUGCAAAUUGCAUAUUACUGCAAUGAAAAUUAUUGGGAAUUGGCUUGGGAUUCUGCGUAUAUUCAAGGUAAAAUUGUUUCCAUCAUGUCGAUACUAAGCUUCCCUAUUGUAAAUGACUGAACAUUUUUUAACUGUAGCAUACGUUUUUUAAAUGUAACAUAAUAGAUCGCUCUUUAUUUUUCAACACAAAAUCGCAUCGAUGAAAAGAGUAAUGUGUAUGAGCACAUGUCUCGUGAUUAGUCUCUACGUAGUCCUUUCGUGGUGUGUAUGAGAGAGAGAAAGAAAAAAAGAGAGAAAAUCAUGUAUGUAUGACCAUAGAAAUAUUGUUACACAAUGAAUGUGUGAAUGUACAUUAAAUGAAUGAAUGUCUUGUCACUAUGUGUAGGUUCGCUGCAUUGUAAUACUUGACCUAUACUUUUGGACACUGUAGCGUUAGUGUAAAAUAAGCAGGUUUUGUUAUAAUAGUAAAUCGUAUUUUUGCAAACUAUAAUGUAAUAAUAAUACCACGAGCACACUGUCCAAAAAGUAUGGAAUAAUUUGUACAAUAUCUUACACAUAAUUACUAAAUAGUGAUAAUUUCAAUGUUGGUACAACAGAAUAUAGCUACUCUCCACCGGAAGUUGGAAUUGUUAUCAGUA